AUGGGACGCGAAGACGCUCCGCCCCCCGAUGUACGGGUAGUCCUCGAUGAGAAUCAACAGAUCAUGAAUCUCAUCGAGGAGCUCGCAAAGAAACAGCAAAACAAGCCCGACGCUGAAAGUGUACACCCUUCCUACGAAGAGAACCUGCAGGGAGGAACCCUGCACGGGGAAACCUUGCUGCAACACAUUCUUGACAGGAUCUACAGGAACAUCGCUAGAUACGGUGAUGCCUUUCCGCGGUAUGGGCAAUGUAAUGAAGCUUAUUUCUACGACGUAUGGCGAGAUCUCCUGAACACCAUCAAAGCUAUCCUGAACCUGCCCCAGCCUGGCACCGACUUUUAUGAAGUCGACACAACGGAUGAUGAUGAUAAGCUCAAAGCGGAUGAGAACCUUGCCGAGUUAUAUGAGCUUUGCACAGAGGCUGACGAUGUUCUCCUUGGCUCCCUGCGUAAGAUUUGGAUCUGUAGCCGACAGACUGAAUCCUUCGACUGGGUUUUCACAGAGUAUCGAAUUAAUAGGCCGAUUAGCCAGUCGGAUGCUGAAAUUGCCGUAUGCCUCUCACUCGAAGAGUAUAAGCGCCGGUUUAGUAAAAGACAGCAGGGAGAACGGUAUUACUAUUCAGUACCGGACGACAAGGAGAACCUCAAACUAUACACAGGACCGAAACCACGAUGGUAUUCAGCAGAAGGAACGGGCUUGGAUCCGAAUUUGAUCUGGCAGGGGAUGAAAGGAAAAGCCAAGCCGAUCACAGCCGCUAUUGAAUAUGAGAUUGAAUUUGUGGGCGAAGAACAGGAUGGACGUGAUAACAUAAUCGAUUGGGUUUGCCUUUUCCGCCGCUCUUGGCAGUUUUGCCUGGACGCACAGCAGGUCGCGGAAGGAAACCUCGGUAACCAACGACGAGAACUCCUGAACACGAUUUCACUCCGUCACCGCAUCCCACGGGAGAUUCAAAGAGAGAUUCUAUCUUGUCUCGCGGACGGCGACCCAUUCCCUUACCUUAAGAAACUCGACAUUGGGGCAGUCUACACCCCUUUUCCUACAGUCGGCGAGAGAUGUUUCGAGUGUGAGCAUCUGGAUGAGACCUCGGCCAUCAAGCGCACAUGCCCCCAGGCAGGGCUUUACAUCUGGAACCUUGCAUUACGAUGCUUCCACAGCUUUCAUAAGGACCGCUUCAACCAAUGGUCUCUGUGUAGUCAUGGUAGCGACUGCAAAGGCCACCACGAUUGCAACGACCACAGCUGGGCUGUUCUCAGAGAUCCUGAUUUCACUCUGUUUAUUGAAAAGGAGGCUGCUCGAGGCAACGACGAGUUCAUAUCCCUGGAUCAAGUUGGUCUAGGCCCCGUCCAGCAUAUCCGUCUCAGUCAAGCGGACGAUGAGAUUCGAGAUAACCGGCUCCAUCGAGGAUCUCAGAUCUACAGCGAAACCUACCGAGACUGGGUUAUGACAGGUGCUCUAGGCGGCUUGGUAGACAGCAUGCUCCACGGAAGAGCGCUUCUGAGGGCAUGGAGGGAAGACCCCCAAGCUGGGACGACCAUGACCUUGAGCACUGCCGAGUGGGCUGUUGGCCGGAACUUGCUCGUGAAGAGAGCGGCUGAGUUGGCGAUCAUGGACCUCCACUCGUGGCCGGGGCGAUGCGAGUGGUGUCCCGGCAAGGAACUUUUUGGUGGGGAAGUGGCUCCCUGCUCUUCUCUCCAAGAGAGAGUUCGCUCCAAAAAAUAG